ACCAUGUCCGACGGAGAAAAAACUAACACGCCCCUGAAGGCUUUAGCUUCACAGAGCAAUCACCCAGAGUCUCCAACUACAGCUCGACCUCUGGAUUUUGACGAUGAACCCCAAGAAUCCGGUGUGAUACCAAUGCAGACACCUUCAGCGCCCAACCUAUCUUCUACAGGCGGCAACGAAGGUGCCCCGCCAAAACCACCCCGACCACUCAGCCCUAUGCAACAGGCCGAAAUCAAUUUAAAAGAAGCGUUUCCCAGUAUCGAUGCCAGCGUUAUAAAAGCCGUUUUGGUAGCGAGCGAUGGGAAUGUGGAAAGAUCAUUCCAUGCGCUGCUUGGUAUGUCGGACCCUGAUGCGCAAGUGGAACUGCCUCCUAUGAUGCCCCCGCGACCACCCCGGAAGGACUCUCCCACUCAGCGACAGCUCGAGGCCGAUGAAAUGUAUGCGCGCCAGCUUGCGGAGCAUUACAGCGGAACGGGCCAGCGCCAUCGAGGCCCGAACUCUGCGUGGGAUCAUGAGCCCCGUUUGCCAAGACCUCACAGGGAGACCGGAUUAAAGCCCAAUGAGCUCUAUGAUGAUAGAGAACAUAACUUUUUUGAGGAUGAUUUACCGAUAAUUAAAGAAAACAUUCGCAAGGGAUUCUUGGAGACGCAGACAAAGGUUAACACUUGGGUUCAAAGUUUCAAGAAGAAGCUCGAGGGCGAAGAUGAUGAGGAUGAGUAUGGAAAUACCCCGCCUCGUCCAGCGCAAGGGUAUGCUCAAGGAUACGGAGAGCCCCAGACUUAUCGCACGAGGCGGAGUGGCGAGGCCAGACGGAGUGGUGAUCGUGAGCGGUAUGAUGCCGACCCCCAGGUCCUAGGCGAUGAUUUCUCUGCGUUGGAGUUGAGAGACACCGAAGCCCAACCACCACGCUCAUCACGACCCCUCGCAAACCCCGAUCUCUUCAAAUCCAGCUCACCAUCCCCAGACCGACGAAAAGUCUCUUUCCAAGAGGGUCCUCCGGACGAAAUACACGGUGCAUAUGGCCCCCGCGCUGCGUCUGAUAGAAACAGGCAGCCACCGUCCACUGGCGGCAACAACAAGUCCAGCAAAUGGCAACCACUCUCCGCAGUUGAGCCUUCACCCGUGGGAGACAACGACCCAUUCAGCCUAGGCGAUAGCGACGAUGAGAGGGAGCUUAGGAGUAAUAAUAAAGAUCUCAAGCCCGAUGAGGCUGAGAGGGUGAAGGAGGCUACCGCAGAAGCUAUGGCGGGAGAUAUUGGGGGUGAUUCUGCAAAGGCUGGGAGUAACAAUGCUAGCAAGCCCGCCGGCGGAACUUAG